GAAAGCUGAGGCAGCAAAGUCGUUACUCGCGCCCACAAGUCCUCGAUUUCUUAUCCAGAUACACUGACUUCGGGGGAGGGGGGACGGCCUCGAUAGUGCACCGUAUGCACGACCAGAUAGCGAGAAACGCAAACACACAAAUAAGGCUUCCCUCGCCCACUUUUUGCAGAAAGACAAAGACCCAAGUAGUUUUCCGCCUCCCGACAAACCGAGCCAAUGCCCAGUCGCCCACUUUCAGCUGUGCGCGAUUACUCGGAGCAGCCGUGAGGCUUCAGCACCUUGUUGAACCCGAGAACCGCAUACCCAGGAUCGCUCUCGCCGGUUAUCCAAGAUCGCGCUGCGAAGUGCUUCGAAAAGUCUGCCUUGGGACACAUUGUCCGCGCCAGUAUAGGUGCAACGUCAUCGUCGCCCCAAGCGUGCACGUCUGCCAAGGACCGCUUCCACCGGUUUGCCAAAAUCCGGUUGCGAAGCCCUUCAACAAGUCCUUCUUGAGACGCAGUGUCCGUGCUAGCAGGUACAACGUCAUCGUCUGCUCAAGCGUGACCGCCUGCCAAGUACCGCUUCCACCGGUUCGCCAAGAUCGGGCCGAGAAGUAUCUCUCGAGACCCAUUCUACGUGCCUCAAGUGUGACUGCGUCUGCCAAAAAGGAGACAAGAUGAGGACGGCGGAAGCCAUGUUCUGGAGCAGCUAUUCGGCGGUGGCGUCGCCGAGCAUCCAGGAGGAGAUCUUCGUGCAGAAGUCGGCGCCCAGCACCGUCUGGUUCACCAAGACUGCUUCGGUUGACGAGGGCGCCACCAAGAUCACGAGGCGCCAGUGGCUCAUCGCGGGCCUCAUCUACGCUGGAAACUUCUGCGCCGCCAUGAGCUUCUCUCUCCAGGCGCCUUUCUUUCCCAAGAAGGCCGAGGAGAAAGGCGCCACGCCGACCGAGUACGGACUCAUCUUCUCCGCCUUCUACUUCACCAUCUUCCUCAUCGCUCCAGUCUACGGAAAGCUGAUCGCGCUGGUGACGCCCAAGACGAUGCUCAACGGCGGCUUCAUCCUCUCCAGCGUCUGUGUCAUCUGCUUCGGCUUCAUCGACCUGGUGCCGGCGGGCAGGACGUUCGUGGCGCUGGCCUUCGUCAUCCGCAUCACGGAGGGCUUUGGGGCGGCCGCCUACAUCACGGCCAGCUCUACCAUCAUCAUGUCCGAGUUCCCGAAGAACAUCGGCCUCGUGCUGUCUUCGCUGAAGACAUCGUUCAGCGUCGGCAUGAUCGUGGGCCCCACCGUCGGCGGAUUCCUGUACGACCUCGGCGGCUACACGACGCCGUUCGUCGUCUGCGGCGGCCUGGGCCUCUCGUCCACCCUCGUCACGCUCUUCAUCAUUCCCAAGACAGUGGACAAGAUGAGCUCCGGCCCGACGAACCUGCGCCACUUCUGGAGUGGGCCCAUGGUCUACCUGUACGGUCUGGCCAUCUUCGGCAGCUACGCGUGCGCGGGCUUCAACACGGCCACCAUGGAGCCGCACCUCAGGCAGUUCCACCUGUCCACGACCAUCCUAGGCCUGGUCUUCAUGAUACCGGGCCUGUUCAACUGCGCCGUGGUGCCCGUCUGGGGCAAGCUCUGUGACUGGAAGGUGAACACCAAGCUGCUGACCAGCAUCGGCGCCCUGUUCGUGCUCCUGUACCUGCUGCUCGUCGGACCUGCACCCUUCAUGCCCUUCGACACGAAGCUGUGGCUGGUGAUCUUGUCGAUGGCCUUCUUCGGCGUGGGCAUCGGAGGAGCGUCCAUCUGCGCCUUCAUGGCCACUCUCCAGUACACCCUGAGUCGGGGCUUCCAGCCGAGCAUCGCAACCAACGGCCUAAUCUCGUCCAUGUUCACCCUGAGCCAGUCGAUCGGAUCGUUUACGGGACCGGCCCUGGGCGGAAUGCUGCUGCAGCACGUCGGGUACAAGUGGGGGACCAUGGUCCUCUUCAGCUUCGAGGCUGUCGUGGCGUCGGUCCUGAUCGGAUUCUACAUCCGGGACACCCUGUGCCCGGAGCACGGGCAGAUGGCUCCGAGAAUCCUGGAGCCCGACAGUGACGUGGGUUCUUCCACGAGCUCCAAGGAGUCCAUGCGCUGCGACUCCCGGACCAUCUCGUACGAAGUGGAGCAGAAACAGCAGUACGGCUCCUGCUGCAGUGACGGACCGACGCCGUACCGAGACCGCGUGGCCAGCAUCGACACCCGUCCCGUUCAGUAGGCCCGUGGUUAUCUUCCGUGGACGGGCACAAAGCGAACUCUUGGUCCCUGUCUGGCUACGCGGCCGGGGACCGCUCUUCUUGGUCGUUUACCAUAUAUGGCACCGAGCUGGAACGCGUCUUCGACUGGUGUUUUUGAACGUCUCUUCAAAUCUAGGCCCUCGAGUUCCGCCUGAUGAUGUCAAAGUGUCAUGCUAUUGCCUUGCCGCGAUCAUUGCCGCGUGACACAGCAGCUGAGGUGAACGCGUCAGACGACUGUUCAUACUGUGGCUCGCUCUCAACUCGACAGUCCGCAGAAGCUUCUGCAGCAGCAAGUUGGGACGCCACGACAGCGACACCGGCGCUCGCUCGUCUUUUUUUCCGGAACUUCUACGACCAUGCUACCAAGAUCGCGACUUCCGACACCAUGACAUGCCGGCUCGCGUGACAUCCGUUGCCAUCCGUUGGCAUUUCGGCACUGCUUUUGUUGCAUGGGUUUUAGUGGAUCGUUUCGAUAUCUCCGCUAACAAUACCCGAUGACGAAACGUAGCGUGCGCAAAGGCAUCGGCGGAGUAGCAAGCAUCGUUAUCGGAGUUAUCAGAACUAGGGAGUUUUAGUUCAUCGUUUCGACGACUCCGAUACUCCGCCGACGCCUUUGCGCAUGCACCGUUUUAUUAUAGGGUACUAUUAUUAGUCAUAUCAGAACAAUCUAAUAAAACUCUCUAUUAUAUGCUUAAACUCCCCAAAGGCGCGUACCAGGAACGGUACACUCUCGCACUCUCAGGGUCGGCUCUGUUGCCCAGCAAACGCAGCUUUAAACGAUACGCGUCGGGCCAGAAUCUUUAAAAUAUAUGGUGCUAAAAAAAAAAAUAGUUUUGAUUUGUGAGCACGAGCCCUGAAUAAACUACGGCUCAACCAUCUCUUAUGCCCCGGUCUCACCCAGGCUCUUCUGGCUGGAGGUCUAGAUCUUGUUAUUUUUUGUUUUUGUUUUAAAGAAUAUUGCAUUCUAUUUAUUCUAAUGUGCAACGUCUGAAUAAAUGUGAAACAGUUGACCCAACA